AUGACGUCGAACGCGAGCUCGCUGGCCGAUGUGACGUCAGUGACGCUGUACGGUGUCGCGCAGCUGUUUGAGCACCGCUGGAUCUUCUUCUUCGUGUUUUUUGCGCUAUACGUGUUCGUGCUGGUCAGUGACGUGCUCGUGAUCUACGUCAUCUGUUCUCAGCGCAGCCUCCACCGGCCGAUGUUCGUGCUCGUGGCCGCGGUUCUGUUGAACUCUCUCGCCGGCAGCGCGGCCUCUUUUCCGCGGCUGCUGUCGGACCUGGCGUCGGGCCUGCGGCAGGUGGAGGUGCCGCGGCCGGUGUGUGUGAGUCAGGCCUUCGUGAUGACGUCCCUGGGGUCGUCCAGCUUCAUGCUGCUGGCCGCCAUGUCUCUGGACCGCUACUUGUCCAUCUGCCGCCCGCUGCGCUACGCCGCGCUCAUGUCGCGUGCCGCGCUAGCGGCGCUGCUGCUGCUGUGUUUCCUGCUUCCCGCCGCUCUGGUGGGCGGCGCAGCGCUGCAGGCGGCGCGUUUGCCGCUCUGCCGCACUCGGCUCCGCAGACUUUACUGUGACAUGUACAGCUUCCUCAGUCUGAGCUGCGGCGGCGGGGCCGCGCUGCUGCUGCAGGUGUACGGCCUCCUGUGCUCCGCGGCCACCGUGCUCGUUCCCGUUAUCUUCGUGCUCGUUACUUACGGUCGGAUCCUCUUCAUCUGUUUGCGCGACUCGCGCAAAUUCAGCAGCAAAGCGCUCCAGACGUGCGUUCCUCACCUGCUCGUCCUCGUCAACUACUCAGUCACCGCCGGGGUCGAGCUGCUGCAGCGUCGCCUGCAGGGCGGGAGCGAGCCCGAGACCUCCGUCCUCAGCUCCUUGCUCGUGGUCAUUAUUCCCACCGUGUGUAACCCGCUGGUCUAUGGACUGAAGGUGAAGCAGAUCCUCACGCCCCUGAAGAGACUGCUGAGGAUCAGCUGAUCCAGAUCCAACCACACCUGGAUCGAAUCCCAAUCCACCAACAUCUGGAUCGGCUGAUCCUGAUCCACCCACGCCAACAUCUGUGAAGAAAUCGAAACAGUUUUAAACUUAGACUUUAACUAUUUUGUGCCUUUGUGCCUCAGCAAAUAUCAAAAGAAAUCAUUCACAUAUAAUAAUUAAUCUGGAUGAUGUUCUCCUGCACGUGGCAUCUAUUGCACUUCUGUCCGUCCUGGGAGACGGGUCCUCACAUGGCUCUCUCUGAGGUUUUUAUGUAUUUGUACCUUUUAAAAGGUUUUUAGUAGUUUGUCCUGACUCUUGCUGAAGGUUAAGGACAGAGGAUGUCACACCCUGUUAAGGCCCUAUGAGACGAAUUGUAAUUUAUGAAUAUGGGCUAUACAAAUAAAAUUUGAUAUUGAUUGAUAUAAAUGUCACAUGCCAGUAUUAUUGUUUUAAAUUUCUUUAGAUCAUAACAUUUGUUAAAUUAAUCUAAA